AUGAAUCCGUACCGAACACCGGUGCUGAUUCUAAUCAUAUUUUCGACGCUUCAUAGUUCGUGUCCGUCGCAAUUCCCGACGUCGCUCAUGAUAAAAGAAUGGGUGGAUCAGAUGCAGCAAGAAGUGGUCAACCUGGCAGACACAGCUAGUGCAGGAAAGAGGCUAGUUCAGAUCUAUAUGGAUAACCAGAAAUACUACACUGUGAAAGCGAAUAACGCAGGAAAGCUGGUGGAAAAUGCAGCGUGGAAUAUAGAGAACUUUCUAAAGAAGCGAGCAAAGGCCUUGGAGGCUCUGGCAAGUGCUGCAGAGAUCUUCCAGAUGGAGCAUGAAUGGAAGGAUGAGUUUGUAGAGGAUGACAUAGUUUAUUAUAAUGCCAAGGACAAUCUUGAAGCUAACGAGACAGAAAGGAGGAGAAACCGAAUCCGGCCGGAAUUUAAAGAGGACCCCUCGUUCAAAAACCGCCACGUCUCAUACAAUCACACUGGUGUGCACAUCCCUACAGACAUAUAUGAUGGAUCCACCAUCGUACUGAAUGAGCUGAACUGGACAGAAGCUCUGGAGGAUGUGUUUAAGAGGAACAGGGAGGAGGACCCCACUCUCCUCUGGCAAGUGUUUGGCAGUGCUACAGGACUUGCCCGCUAUUAUCCUGCUUCUCCUUGGAAGGAUGCCAGGAAGACGCCAAGUAAAAUCGACCUGUAUGAUGUCCGCCGCCGACCCUGGUAUGUUCAGGGUGCAGCUUCGCCUAAGGACAUGCUCAUUCUAGUAGACGCGAGCGGCAGUGUGUCCGGAUUAACUCUUAAACUCAUCCGGACGUCCGUCAGCGAGAUGCUGGAGACGCUUUCUGAUGAUGACUAUGUCAAUGUGGUGAAUUUUAACACACGGGUGAACAACACGGCCUGCUUUGACCAUCUGGUCCAAGCCAAUGUCCGCAAUAAGAAAAUCCUGAAAGAUGCCGUGCAGAACAUCACAGCUAAGGGCAUUACCAACUACACAAAGGGCUUUGAAUUUGCCUUCAAACAGCUUUCAGAUUCGAAUAUGACAAGAGCUAACUGCCACAAAAUCAUCAUGCUGUUUACUGACGGAGGAGAGGAGAGAGCUCAGGAUAUCUUCACCAGAUAUAACCCAGACAAAAAGGUGCGUGUAUUCACCUUCUCUGUUGGCCAACACAACUAUGAUACAGGGCCUAUACAGUGGAUGGCCUGCGCCAAUAAAGGUUACUUCUAUGAAAUUCCUUCCAUUGGAGCAAUCCGCAUAAACACACAGGAGUACCUGGAUGUCCUGGGCAGACCCAUGGUCCUGGCUGAUGCCAAGCAGGUGCAGUGGACCAACGUGUAUCUGGAUGCCCUGGAACUGGGUCUGGUAAUCACUGGCACACUGCCCGUCUUCAACAAGACCAGAUCCAAGGAGGAUGGUUCCAGCAAGCAGCACCAGAACCAGCUUAUCUUGGGGGUGAUGGGUGUGGAUGUAUCUCUGGACGACAUUAAAAGACUGACUCCACGCUUUAGUAUUGGCCCUAAUGGAUAUUAUUUUGCAAUUGACCCCAAUGGCUAUGUGCUGCUCCACCCAAACCUCCAGCCUAAGAAAAGGAUACAGAUGCUCCGCUUAAGGUUAAAGAACAAAUACGCCAUAAGAGUCCACGAGGAACCUGUUACUCUGGACUUCCUGGAUGCUGAGCUCGAAAAUGACAUUAAAGUUCAGAUAAGAACAAUGAUGAUUGAUAGGGAUCCUGGUGAGAAGACGCUUGAAACCCUUGUCAAAUCACAGGAUGAGAGAUACAUUGAUCGAGGAGUGAGGACUUACACAUGGGCACCAGUCAACGGCACAGACUACAGCUUGGCUUUGGUUUUGCCUGAAUACAGCAUGCAUUACAUUGAGGCAAGCCUGGGGGACAUAAAGCAAGCCAUUUGGUUGAAAGUUUCAGAGACCAUGCAAGUGGAGAAAUUUGAGGAGUAUGGUUAUACCUUUAUAGCACCUAGGGAAUAUUGUCAGGACCUGAAACUAUCCUCUAACACCACACAGCUCCUUAUAGACUUCAACCACUACAUUGACAAGAGAACCCCCAGUGACCCAAUGUGUAUUGUGAGUCUAGUUAAUAGGCUUCUGCUCGACGCUGGUCUUACUGCUGACCUGGUCCAACUCUGGAAGAAGCAGACUGUAGAAGGGGUGUUAGCCAGAUUUGUGGCUACUGAGGGUGGCAUCACACGUGUUUACCCUAAGAGUGCUGGAGAGGAGUGGACUGAAAAUACAGAGACCUAUGAUUCCAGUUUUUAUAAGAGGAGCUUAGACAAUGACAUAUACAUCUUCACUGCCCCCUAUGUCAACAAGAGCAGGGAGUCCAGCUAUGAAUCUGGUAUUCUGGUCAGUAAAGCCAUAGAACUGGACUUCAAAGGAAUCAAACUCAAACCAGCUGUGGUGGGAGUCAAACUCAACGUGUCUGCCUGGAUGAACAGCUUCAUGAAUGCCACCAUGAAGAUGAACUGCAAGGAUGAGAUCUGCGGCUGCCUGAGGAAUGACAAGCACGUGGACUGUGUGAUACUGGACGACGGAGGCUUCCUGCUCAUGUCCAACCAGGACGAGUACAUUGCGCAGAUAGGUCAAUUCUUUGGUGAGGUGGACCCUAUACUGAUGAUCAGUCUGGUGAACACCUCACUGUACUCCUUUAAUAAAACCUACGACUAUCAAUCAGUGUGUGAUCCUGAGCGAGACCAUAAGACAGGGGCUGGAUCCCGCUCCAUCUAUGUGCCUACUGUAGCAGACAUGCUAAGUCUGGGCUGGUGGGCAACCACUGUGGCCUGGUCAAUGCUACAGCACUUCAUCGUAAGCCUCACUCUCCCAAGUGUCCUGGAAGCAGCCUACACAGAGGAAGACCUCUCCGAUGCAUACUCUAAAGAGAGCUGUAUAACGGAGCAGACUCAGUAUUUCUUUGAGAAUGAUAACAAGUCUUUCCAUGGUGUGCUGGACUGUGGAAACUGUUCAAGAAUGUACCGGGCGGAGAAGCUCCCCAGCACCAACCUGGUGUUUCUAAUCACCGAUGCCAAGAGCACCUGCUUGUCCUGCGACGGGAAGCUGCUGAGGCAGGCUGAGCAGCCCUCUACUGGUCCAGACCCCUGCAUACUGGCUCACAAUCCACGCUACAGAAAGGGCCCAGAUGUCUGCUUUGACAACAAUGCUGAUGAGGACGCGUCGGACUGUGGAGGGGGCUGCAGCCUGGUCCCCUCGCCCUGGCCCCUGCUGAUUCUCCAGCUGCUCCUGCUCUGGCUGCUCAGCGGAGGAGCAGGCACCCGCAUGGCUUGA